AUGCCGCGCAAUUUCAACCCGUCGUCACUCCACCAUCGCAACGUCAUACUCUUUCUCCAUCUAUCUGGCCAGGAACCCGCGGAUAUCGAUAGACGUUUGAAGGAAGUUUACAAGGAGCACGCCCCCGCUAGAAGUACAGUCUACAAGUACCACUCGAAGCUCGCGACAGGCGACUAUUCCAUUGAAGAUGAAGACAGUUCGGUCACCGGGGACGGGAAGUGGAUUUCCUAUUCUAACAUUCACCGGCGUGCCCAAUGGGUUGACAAAGGAUGUACAGUGACCGCAGAUGUCUACAUUGAACGACUGAAGAAUAUGAAGACAAAUCUCGAAAAUGCACGCCCGCAGCAGCGCGAAGUCUAUUUCCUGCACGUCAACGCUUGGUCGAACAUUGCAAGAACGACCAAAGGCAAACUGAUGAAAUUCGGUUGGACCAUUUUACCACACCCACCGUAUUCACCAGACCUGGCUCCCUUGGAUUACCACCUUUUUUCCUAUCUCCAACGUCAUCUAUAUGGUCAAGACUUCCAAACCCGCGACGACAUCGAAAAGGCACUUGAGCAGUUCUUCAAGGAGCAGUCCCCAGCGUUCAAGAGCAAGGGGAUCUACGAUCUGCCUAAACGUUGGAAGACCAUCGAUGCCAAUGAGGCAUACUUCAGAUGA